CCUCCCAUUGUGACUCCUCGAGAAACUUUCAAUGCAUUCUAGUCAUUCAGCUCCUCCUCGUCUGCAUCUAGUCGCUGUAGUAGCGGUGAUCCAACUCGCGGGUCUGUCGCAGCACUAACAUGGCAUGACCUCAUGGAUGACUCUCAUUCUCGCUGUCAACAAAUGCCGAUCUAGGGUGUCCUCACAAUUCAUGAAGGCUAAGAUGAUUGUAGACUUGGCCGACGGAGCAACUCAGACAAUUACGUGUCUCCUGACUGUCACUUCAGGUUACGUCACCCUAAUUCUAAACCGCUCUUACCGAUCCUUGGACCCUGCUAAAGUGGGUUGUGUGGUCACUGUACAUACUCUGCAGGCUGACAACACCUUAUUCACAAUUCCUCUUCGUCACGUCCCUCAAGUUGUAUUCACAUAUUCUGCAAAAAAGGCGAACGCAACACCCUUACUUCUCCAGCAUGCUCUGCUAAAGUUGGAGAGAACUUCUGGCAGAGAAAGGCAGUGGACUACCAAGAAUGAGCACUCGUCAAUAUUGCUUGCUAUUGAACCCAGUAUCAAACUCAAUAGUGCUUCUUUGCUCAAGAUGCCCAUCAACACACUUUUGACCAAAAUACCAUGCCUGAAAAAGAUUGGCGAAAUCUACAAACAAUGUACCAAUGUACCAAAAUUCUCCGACAUAGGAACAGAUACCUUAGGUGCUUGGCAGUGCCACUUGGUGACAGCAUCCGCCUCCUUUGAAACGAAACAUCCUCCCAAGCCGCAAUGA